AUGGCAGUUGAUAGGCAAACACUUAUAUUCUUCAUUGUGAUGUUCAUCAUCAUGUCAUUGCCAUCUGGUAAUGAACCAAUACGAUCUGAUAAAGAUAGACAGACACUCAAUAUAUUCCAAAAUCUGAUCACCAACUCCCUGAAGAUUCUAGAUCGCUCCACAUACGAUACCGGUUAUGGUAAUAUCACAGGGUUCCAGUUAUCCUACGAUGAUCACCUUAACGGGAAGGUUCCAGAAGAUUGGCCUAUUCAUAAAUAUGAUAAAGACCACCCUUGGAUGGAAAAUCAAAAAUAUUCCGUAUUACCCAAUGAAAUCAGUGACAAAAUUCGACUGUUCUGGGGAUUGAGUCCUGUUGAUGACAAAGCUUAUUUGUUGAAUAUAUCUGGUAAAGCAGAAGGUAAAUUUAAUUUGGAAAAGAGUGGCGUGAAGCCUACAAAAUUAGAGAUACCAAAGUACUUGAAGGAUUACUACGAGUCCAGAGAAGAUGAUGAUCUGUUUACAAGUGAUGUUCCAAAACCUGAAAAGAGCACUGGUAUUGGCAAUAUUACAUUUUCCAGUGGUGUUGUAUCUAUUGCAUUGGGUGACCAUAAAACAGAAGAAGAUUCGGGAAUAGACAAUGCAGUCGUGGUGAAAUUAGAAGUUAGUUUGAAAGAUAAACCAGAAAUUGAACAACAUGAUUUGGAUAUGAAAGGUGUUUAUUUUCAAGACAUUGGUGCCAUUGUUGCAAGCACCAACUCUGCAAAAUUUUAUGGUGGCUAUGCUUUACCACACUUGGCAAUGAAUGGGAAUAAUUUUGAAGUAGCCAAGAUACUCAUGGGUCGACUUGGGAAUGUUACCAAGGAGGAUAUAUCAAUAGAUAGAUUGAAUGCCCAAGUUGAAGCAGCAUACUCACAGUGUGAAUACGUUACGUUCUUACAGUUGGAGAAGACAAAAUACACUAAAGAUGAGUUGAGGUACAUUGACGACGAGAUGAUGUACCCUACAGGUAAACCACUUCCGAAAGAAAUUCCAAAGAUUGUUGUUUCUAAUAUGUUAAUGUAUAGUCCUGAUUGUGGGGUGGUGAUUUCCAGUACUGCCGAAGGAGAUACAUCUGCGGUUCUGCGAAAAAAAGUGAAGAAUGAACUAAUUGGUUUGAUUGUAUUGGUAAUCCUAGAUUUGUAUUUGAUUUUACGUGAAAUGGGUCAGGUUACCACACCUGGUGCCUUGAACAAAAUAUCAAGAUAUUCCUUGAUCAUGCUUGCUUUUGCCAAUAUGUUAAUUGCUUUGACAUCAUUGUUGAUGGCAACAUUAACCACCAGCUCACAAUUGUUAUUAAUUGCCAUUAGUGCAACAACUUUCAUGAGCACAGGUAUUUUCUUGUCACGAUUUAUUGUUAGUGUGAUCGGAAGUCAGGUGAAUGAACGUGCAGCUAGCUUGGUUGACAUGAUACGAGGUUCCAAUGAACCGAUCUUACCAAUCGCAAGAGAACCACAACAACCAGAAGCACCACAGCCACCAACUGCCGAAACUACCAACAAUGUUAUGGGAGGUGUUUUCAUUGCCAGUAUAAUUGCCCUUUUCAUUACUAUUAGUGCGUUGCAAUGGAGAAUCAAGUAUAGACGAUAUUUUGAAUUCUUUGGUAUCAUUGUGUUAAAUAGUGAAUGGGUAUUUCAAAUUGGACGAAACUUCAUCAAGAACAAUAGAAAGUCAUUGUCAUGGGAAUUUGUGGUGGGGGAAAGCAUGCUUCGAUGGUUUGGUGUCUGGUGGUGGUGUUGGUUCCAGGAGAAACAAAGAGUGUUGCCGAUUGCAAGUUUCGUUUGGUUAAUGAUACAGUUGGGGGUGUUGGCUGUACAGCUGUACAAUCCUAGAUUGUGGAUAUCAACAAGGUUCCUCCCUGAAUCUUAUAACUAUUUCCGAGCCUUUGAAGUUCCAGAAACAACAUGUUCUAUCUGUUUGACAGAUAUCGAUGGUAAGAAUAGAAAAGACUAUAUGGUUACUCCAUGUGAUCAUGUUUUCCAUACCAGUUGUUUGGAGAGCUGGAUGCAAUUCAAAUUACAAUGUCCUACAUGUAGAAGCAGUUUACCACCUAUAUAG